AUGUCCAACAAUGCAGAAUCGAAUAACAUCGAUAAUUCCUUACGCUUACACAGCUUCUCCUUGGACAGCAUCAAGCCAGACCCUGCCAAAUUUGCCAGGCAUCGUCUCGAACGACGCGGCGUAGUCUACUGCUGGACUGACGACGACAAAAAAGAGUUUCAAACGAGACUUUUGCACCGAUAUCCAAACCCGGCCGAUAGCGUCCUUGAUCCCAUCACCAUCCACAGAGAAUCCCACUACCAAGAGCCUCCCUACAUUCCAGGAGAGUAUAGAAGGGUUCCAUUCUUGCAAAAGCACCCCGCUCACCCGUUUGCGGUCGUAUUACAGGCCAUGAAGGCUUCAAAUCCGAACUGGAGAUGUGAUAAUGUCGACAUCAUGGUCCAAAGCGAUCUUCUAAACUUGAUCUUCUCGUGGAUGCGGGGUGGUGACACCUCGAGCCUUGCGAUUGAUGCGUCGCUGGUCAAAAACACGCUCUUCCUUACACUCUUUGAGGACGAGGAAUCAUCCCCCGGCAAUGAGGAAGAUGAACCUUCAGAUACUACCUUCAUGCCGUCACCUACCAGCGUCGGACAACAUCAUAUCAUAUGUUACCCAUUCGGAGGCCUCAAAUUACUCGUCACCACGCCCGGCCAUAUUAUCCACUCCGCCCACUGGGAAGGCGAAGUAUGCUUCACCCGAAUACUGCCGACCAAGGAUGGGGAGCCUGAUUGGGAUUAG